AUGGCGAUGCUGACGCUAGCAGAGGUGAACCAGACGCGGCGAAGGAGGCGUGUAGCUAAGGAGAAGAGGAGGCGUGUAGCUAAGGAGAAGAGGAGGCGUGUAGCAAAGGAGAAGAGGAGGCGUGUAGCUAAGGAGAAGAGGAGGCGUGAUUUGAAGGCAGUGCUCCACACCAUUCUGGAGAAAGCGAAGAAGAGGGUUGAGGAGGAUGAGUCGCUUGCUCCGUUGAUCUCACGAGUCUUGCUGGAGCUCGCCAGGACCUUUGAGAGCGAGAGGUCGACGAAACAUUUCUGCAUGGAGAUGAAGCUGAGCUCCAUCAAGGCGGAAUGGUUCAGCAAAGCUACCUUUGAGAUGCUUGAUCGCUCAGCUGCUACUCGAGCUGAAGUAGAGCAGCCGAUGAUGCUCAGUGAAGCCCUCAUGAUUUACGGCUCCAACGUUGCAUGGGAUAUUCUCUCGCUCACAAGCAGCAUCAAUCACGACUACAUGCUGUUGCUCAUCUACGGCAACAGAUUGCGCUGGACAGAAUUCGAGGAUAUCGUCUCAUUGGGUGAGCGUGCCAUUCGAAGAGCACAAGAAAUUGUGAGGAGUCAGAGAAGAACACAAGCUUGGGACCUCUGCUAUGCCAGAUCGCUCAUGGCCAUGGGAAGGUGCCACUACGUCAAGGCUGCCUACCUCGCUGACUCCGAAGAAGCAUGUCGGUGGUAUGACAGCGCGACUUCUCUCUUCGAGCAGGCGCACCAGCUCAUCUGCCAGGCGCGUCGCUUGUCUCCUCCUCUCGCUCACCUCUUCUCCUGCAGGUCGGCCACGAGGAGCUCAAGGCUGAUUGUGCCAUCGACCUCGGAGUUUGCCUGGGCAACAGGUGGGCUCGUUCCGCCCUCUUUCAUCACCUCCUUCCCCAGCUCAUACUUGACUCAAAGGCGGCGCUUCAUUGAGGACACGGCGGAGGCGAGGAGGAGGGCGCACGGCUGGUACCUGCAGGCGUUCGAGACGAGGAGGAGGCUCCUGCCGGCAGGACACCCGCAGAUCAAGCGAGCCAAGGCAGGAUGCGACGCCCACGCAGCAGAUGCUGAGGAAUUGAAUGAAAGCCAAGCCUAG